CAUAUUUAUUUAUUUCUAUAAUUCCAAUUUACAUAAGUUGGGUUUGUUUUAAUUAUUUUUACAUAAGUUUGAUUUGUUUUCCAAAUGAAAAAAGUUUUCCUGGCAUUUUCUCAGCACCCAAACAUUGAUUUUAGGGUUUUGUGAGACGGAAUUAAUGUCAAAGUUGAAGUCUUUUCCACCUUUUCCUUUCUGGGCUGGGUCAAAUUUUAUGUUGUUUCAGGUUGCUAGCUAGCUGCGCUGUAGUCUGUUUACUCUUAGAAGUAGUUCUAAAUGGGUGUUUCGGUUACUUUUAUAUUUGCAUUUUAUCAUGUGUUUUUUGAAUUCUUUGAGUUUCAACAUCAUGAUGGUUUAAAUUAAAAUAAAAUUGUAAUUUUUGUUGCAUGAUUGUGAAACUAUGUUAUUUCAACUGUUGAUGUAAUUAACUUGUAAAGUAUUUGUAAUUUGAACUACUGUAGCUUUAUAUUUAUCCCGAUUAGCUCAUAUAUCGGGUACUCGAAUGAGAUUGUUGUGCUUCUUUUUUCCACGGAAAUAUUCAGCUCGGGAUGAUAAGUCGUUAAGUGAGCCCCAAUGAGUGUACCCUUGUUUUGACCACCAAAGCUACUGUAGAGUCUGUAAUUACUAUUCAGGUUAAAUGCUAACUUAGUUACUCUAGAAUUAAGAUCCAGUUUCUCAAUGAUACCAAAUUUAAAACUUAUAAUAAAACUUUUCCAAUUGCCUUGUUGAACAAAUAUGUUAAAGUAGUCACUUUUCAAAAUCGUAUAACGAUUAACUUAAGAUUUGAAGCUCCAAGGCUGUCCAUGUUGUAUUCUUGCUUCAGCUUAUGAUUGUCAAUACAUGUUCUGUAGGAUUUUGCUCGACUCUUAUAAAUAGUUUUUUGAAGCCUCGGAUAUUAGAUCCUGAUAUUUGUUUGUUAUUAUCGUAGCACAUGCUAUCCAUUUUUUUGGGAAUGGAAUAGGAUUUUCAUUCUGUUUUUAAUUUGGUACACUAAUUUAUUAAAACUUUGAAAUUAUAAUGUUAAAUAAAUUGAAAUGUCUAUAAUUUUAGUGAAAUUUAAUGCAUACUUAUUUUGUAUUAUUUCUAGGAAAGUUAUUAAAGUUUUUUUCAUUAUCUAAAAAAAAAAAUUAACAAUUUAUAGAGUUGUGGUUAGCUAUCAGGUAGUAUGUUUCAAUAGUUACAUAAUAUUUGACUUGAUAUCUAAGAGCCGGAGCUUGGAUAAUUUUUUUAAAUUUGCAUUGUGAAGCAAAUGGAAUAUUAAAAUUCUUAGAGUUGCCAAACUCUGUCGAGAGGGAAGUAUGUGCUAUUUUGUAUUUAGGUAUUAGGUUGUUGUACAAACAUGCCUAGAAGUGUUCGCAUAAGCAAGUGUUGAUCUGUUAGAUAAUGCAUUUAAUCAGUGCACUGAGCGUCUCUAUGAAUGUUUUUUUUGCUGCCAGAUAAAGUGACAAUCACCAUUGCUUAAUUUUAUUAUUGAUACUCUAAUUAAAUUAAUGUUUUUGACACGUUGCAUGAAAUUCAUGGUUGGUUGUGGUCUAAUUUACUUCUUUAAAUUCAAUGUCAGUAACUCUUUUCACUGCAGUGACGAGGAGCCAGAGAGUAGCUUGUGUGGAAGGCACAGGUAAUUAAUUAUAAAUCUAUUAGACAUGAGCGAAGCAAAUCUAGGGAGUAAUCCUGAUGCAUCAGCAAUUGUCCCUGUUAAGCGUAAGCGAGGCCGUCCACGUAAGUAUCCAAAGUUAGAUCGAGGUGUCUAUUUUCAUGGUCCAAGGAGUUUAAACCCAGAUCACGGGGGUUCUCGUGUUCCACCUGGGUUUUUAGGGGUCAGUGAAAAUCAGCCCCGUCAAGUAGAUCCAGUUAACGAUGCAACUGGCGUCAUGGUGGGUCAGACAGUUCAUGGUGUCAUUGAGGCAGCUUUUGAUGCUGGUUAUUUGCUGACUGUGAGGGUUAGCAACUCGGAAACUACUUUGAGGGGUGUUAUUUUUAAGCCUGGACACUAUAUUCCUGUCUCCACGGAUAAUGAUGUUGCCCCAGGUGUUCAUAUGAUUAGGAGAAAUGAGGUUCCUUUCCCAAGAGAAAGCUAUGCUCAGGUGCAUAGCCAUAAUUCUCGAUCUAGAGAGAGAAAUGGAGCUAUUCAUACAGCUCGAGUUUCUAAUUCCGUGGCCUCCAAAGGCAAACAUGUUCCUUCUAUGGCGACUGAUGUUUUUUCUCCUGCGAACUCAAGAGGCAAUGUGGUGCCAGUUGUACUUCAGCCGAUCAAUAUAUCAAAUGGGGUUGCUGGCGAGUCAUCUUCAGUCGUAACUCAACCUGACCAUGCAGUGGCCUCUAAAGGAAAACAGGAGCCAGAUGAUUCUCGUCCAUUAAAUGGAUCGACAACGACAAACCAAUUUCAUUCUCAAAAUAAUAACCAGGUAACACCUUCAAGCAUACCAAGUUUAGCCGGUUCAGCACAGUCGCUGCAAGAGGCUGAAGCUAAAUCAAUGAAAUUAGCUGGUAUGCCAUUUGAGCAACUGUUAGCCGAGGUCAGCAAGAGAAAUCAGGUUCCUGCGCAAUCAACAGAGACUGAUACCAGCUCAGCUGGUAAGUUGUCUACAGAUGACGUCAAUGAUGUGGAUCAGGCGCUUUCUGUUGAGCCCCUGCAAGCUGUACAGCCUGAUCUUAAUAAUCACUCUGCUGUUGCGUCCAUGCCUUUGGAGAAUUAUCGAACUGGUAGAAUGACCGAGCUGUUGCAGGUUUUGCAGGAAAAAAUCAACUGAGAACCAGGCAGCUCAGCCGCAGUCUGCAACUGCUGAUUCUAGAUCCGAAUGAGAUGAAUUGAAAAUCAAAGAUACCGAGGAAUGGAGAUGAAGACAGUAGUCAUUUUUCAAAAUGUUCACGGGGCGGGUUAUCUUUUAGAAGUUCGUGCUAUAGUUGGAAGUUUGUAUAUUGUAGAAUAUGCAUAUGACCUUAUGCUUAGAUAAAUGUUUGGCUCACAUGCAUUUAUCUUUAGUUUGAAAAAACAAAAGAGAGCUUUUGACAGAUUACUUAACCCAGCGACCUGCUCACAGAUUACAACUGUGCUUUUGAUAA